GACCGGAUAUGGUGUGCGAGUGUGAAACUUGCCCCCUGGCCCCUGAUGAGAGUCCAUGCGAAUAGUGGAGACACUGUACUGUCACUGUAACACACUUAUGGCCCGGCUCGGUGUCACCUCUCUCCAGGAAUGACUCUGGUAAUGCUGUACGUCGGCUGUAGAAGCUCCCGUCCCGCCGUGCCUUUGUGAGUCCUGACCGACCCAGACUCCCCAACAUGGCCUCAGCGGUAAUGUUAGCCCGCUGCACAUCUGUCCGGUUCCCCGCUGUGGCCACCGCCGUCCUCCUGCUGCUGUAUAUAACCACCGUGCAGGCAUCCCAAGGCGACAAGGAGCCAGUUUACCGGGACUGUGUGAAGCAAUGCGUCGGGAGCAACUGCACCGGAGAUCGGCUGCGGAGCUUCCAGUCCAGCCAGCCGCAGUACAUGGCACUGACAGGUUGGACAUGUCGCGAUGACUGUCGCUAUCAGUGCAUGUGGACCACGGUGGGUCUCUACCAGGCCGAGGGGUACAGUGUCCCUCAGUUUCAUGGCAAGUGGCCGUUUGUGCGCUUCCUGUGUUUCGAGGACCCAGCCUCCGCUCUGGCCUCCCUGCUGAACGGCCUGGCCUGCCUCCUCAUGCUGCUGCGCUAUCGGAGCACGGUGCCACGCCAGAGCCCCAUGUACCACACCAUCAACGCCUUCUCUCUGGUUUCUCUUAAUGCCUGGUUCUGGUCCACAGUUUUUCACACCCGGGACACCUAUCUCACUGAGAAAAUGGACUACUUCUGUGCCACAGCGGUCAUUCUUUACUCCAUCUACCUAUGCUGUGUCAGAACGUUGGGUCUGAAGCGACCGGGGGUUUCCAGCAUGGUGGGGGUCCUGCUCAUCUUGGCCUUUACCUCUCAUGUGUCCUACUUGACCUUUGUUAGUUUCGACUACGGCUACAACAUGGCGGCUAACACAUCCAUCGGCAUGGUGAACCUGCUGUGGUGGCUGUGUUGGUGCUGGCAGAACCGGCGGACCCUUCCCUACUGGUGGAAGUGCGGCCUGGUGGUGGUGCUGCUCCACGGCCUGGCUCUGCUGGAGCUGCUCGACUUCCCCCCGAUGCUCUGGAUCCUGGACGCUCACGCUGUGUGGCACCUCAGCACCGUACCAGUGCACUUCCUCUUCUACAGUUUCCUGAUAGACGACAGCCUCUAUCUACUGAACACGGAGAAGAUGGGUGUCAAAGUGGAGUAGGAGGACCUCGUCACUUCUUCACCCCGGGAACACCCUCGCACCCCUCCAAUCAGAGCAGUCGGACACUCGGACACGGAAGUGGCUCUGCCCCACGGACGACAUGCAUGACAUCCAUCAGAGUAGACUCUGUUUACAUGUUUUUAAUCUCUAUUUUAAAUAAUUUAUUUGGGCUUUACUUUCUCCAUUGUUGAUAUGACGAUUGCUCCACAACUUUUUUUCCUUUUUAACAUCAAUGCAAAACAGGAUAAGGACAAUAAUGUCUCCCACCACAGCAGACCCAGUUUUUGACCUCGUAAUGAAAUAUUUUUGAUGCAUAUCCAGCUUUUCCGACUCUCGGGCAUUUCUGAAAUUGAUCCCCUGAACCCUUGACUUUAAUGUCCCUCUCGCUGAGCGUUGCACUGUUGGCAGUUUGCUGUGGCUGACAAUAGAUGGCACCAGAUCCCCUGCCAGCCCAUCUCUGUGUUUGGUUCAGCAUGUGUCAGGGUCCAUCUGAGCCAAAAGUGGACUGGCUGACACAGAGACGACGAGCCCCUUGUGAAGUGGGCAGGUGGGGUCUGCCAGCGGAUUGUUCUAGAGAGAGAGAGGAGGGGGGGUUUAUGUUUGAAGGCCAUUCGAGCUGACUGUGUUUUUUUUCUUCUUUUAUCACCAUCACACCUUUUUAUUUUUGUGCCUGCAUUGUUUCCACUGCUGCUUUUGUUUCUCCUACUCUUCAUUAUCAUUUAUAUUUCCAGUUCAGCCACCUUAGUCGUUUUAAUUCUACGUUGUGACCAAUUUGUUUGCUUUACCCUGUUUAAUGACUUGAUUUUGAAUUUUGGGUUGGGAUAUGCCUGAUGAACAUCAAAUGGAGAUAUUA